CCUGCGUUCAUUCAGCGAUCGACUGUCACGUAACUGCAGGGCUAUAAAAGAGAGAGAGAGAGGCCGGGACUGCAACAAGGGCAACUGAAGUUCAAGGUGAAGCUGCAAUCUCCAAGGUUCGAGGUCGCUUGAACUACAGCUGUCUCUUGGAGAUAUGUUGCGGUUGCUCUUCCCCCUGGCUCUUUGCCUGCUCCUGCACUGUCAAGCAAACGCGGAAUCGCGCGUGCGGAGGAGCGUCAUUGAAAGCGCAGUGAGGACGGCCAAGGCGACCGUGGAUGCCGCUUAUGAAUACUCCCGCAGAACGAGCCUGGAGCGCGUGAAGAGAAACGCCGCUCACCCCUCAGACGUGCUGAGGCUUCUGAAGCAGCCCGCAGGACCGUCCCGCAGUGAGGUGCGGUAUGCGGACUACAUGGAGAACACCAUCCGGCUGCUCUCCAGGGCCAGACGCGGGAAACGCUCCAUCAACGCCACAGAUCUUAUUAGUGAAGAGGAGCUGGAGGUCAUAGCAACCCUGACAGGCUGUUCCUCGCGUGCACGGGUCCCUCCGUGUAAAACCACGGCCAACCUGGACAGUUUCCGCACGGCCAGCAGCGUGUGCAACAACAGGGUAAACACACGCUGGGGGGCCUCCAACAUCCCUUUCGUCCGCUGGCUCCCCUCUGAAUAUUCUGAUGGGAUCGCACAACCGAAAGGCACAGCUGGAGCGAUCAACGGCCAUGUUCUGCCGCUGGUGAGGGACGUCUCCAAUCGCAUCCUGGCAACGCCCAACGACCAAGUGGAAAACGACACCAUGUUUUCGUUCAUGCUGACGAUCUUCGCCCAGCUGACCGACCACGACCUGACCUUUACCCCCCACUCACCUGUCAUCCGCUCCUUCAGCGAUGGCAUCGACUGUGACCAUACCUGUGCCGUGACGGAGCCCUGCUUCCCUGUAGAGAUUCCGCUGAACGACCCGCGGAUCGACCGGGAGGACUGCAUCCCCUUCUUCCGCUCGGCGCCCGCCUGCGGCUCCGGAAACGGAGGCUCGAACUUCGGCGCGGUCACGGUGCGGGAGCAGAUGAACACGCUCACCAGUCUGGUCGACGCGGGGCACCUGUACGGGUCAGACGAAGCCAAAGCCCACUUCCUCCGGAACCUGACGACGGAUGACGGAUACCUGAGAGUCAACACCAUUUACGACGACAACGGCCGCGCGCUUCUGCCGUUCGUCAACAUGAACACGAGCAUGUGCGCCACCAGGCAGCGAAUCACCGGAGACCCGAAUGCCAAGGAGGUGCCCUGUUUCCUCGCCGGGGAUGAGCGCUCCAAUGAGAACAUCGCGCUGACCUCGCUGCACACGCUCUUCCUGCGCGAACACAACCGGCUGGCGCGUCUGCUGAAGAUGAAAAACCCGUACUGGGAUGGAGAAAGGAUCUACCAGGAGGCCCGCAAGAUCAUUGGCGCAUAUUUCCAGAUCAUGAUGUAUCGAGAUUUCCUGCCUCUCAUCCUGGGACCAGAUGCGAUCGCUGCCAAACUGUCCACAUACCCCGGAUAUGAUGAAUCGGUGGAUCCCUCCAUCUCCAAUGUCUUUGCCACAGCCGCAUACCGAUUCGCCCACACCAUGAUUCAUCCUUUCAUUUCCCGCCUUGACGAGAAUUACAACGAGCAUCCCCUAUUCCCCACCCAACCGCUGCACAGAUGCUUCAUGGCGCCCUGGCGGGUGGUCGAUGAAGGUGGCAUUGAUCCAAUUGUUCGUGGGCUGAUCGGAAGACCUGCAAAGCUGAAUACCCAGGAACACAUGCUCACUGAUGAAGUGAGGGAAAGGCUGUUUAAAUUCACUCAUGAAUUGGCUCUGGACCUGGGAGCUCUCAACAUGCAAAGAGGAAGAGACCACGGCCUGCCUGGCUACAACAAAUGGCGUAAGUUCUGCGGGCUGUCAACACCACAGACUGAAGAAGAGCUGGCUGAAGUGCUGCAGAAUAAACAGCUUGCCAGGAAGAUCCUGGACCUCUAUGGCACUCCUGACAACAUCGACCCGUGGCUGGGAGGAGUUGCUGAGCCGUUUGUCCGUGGGGGACGAGUUGGGCCUCUCUUUGCCUGCCUCAUUGCCACGCAGUUCCAGAAAAUCCGUCAGGGCGACAGCCUGUGGUGGGAGAACAAGGGUGUGUUCACCGAGGAGCAGAGGAUCGCCCUGAGAGAUGUGUCUCUGGCUCGAAUCAUCUGUGACAAUACCGGGAUCACUGAGGUUCCUCGGAACUCCUUCCAGUUCAGACCUCGAGGAAGUGGCUACACUCAGUGCGAGGACAUCCCUGAGAUCGACUUCAGCGCAUGGAAGGAAGGAACCGAACAAUACGGACCUGACCAAACAGAAGCACCACCUCCCACCACAUACGACGAAGGUAAUGAUGGACCUCGAGGACCCCCAGGACCCCCAGGACCCCCAGGCCCCCGAGGCCCCAAGGGUAUGCCUGGACCGCCAGGUCCCCCUGGCAACUCCACCCAUGUUGGCUUUUCCGCUCGACUGGGCAACAACUACCCCGGCUCCGGCACCCCGAUCGGGUUCCACGACGAAAUCUUGAACGAAGGCAACGGGUACGACACCAAAGGAGGGAUCUUCACCUGUCCGGUCGCAGGCGUCUACCAGUUUGAAUUCCACUGUACGAUUUAUCAGAGGACCGCCAGUCUAGACCUGAUGAUGAACGGCGAACGGCUUCUCCAUUCGUACACCACACCCCACAACAGCUACCUGACAGCGAGCGGCAGCAUCUUAGUCAAACUGAAGGUGGGCGAUCAGAUCUGGUUGGUGGCAAAUCAAGGUGGAACUGCCAUCACCAAGGAGAGCUACUUUUUAGGGCACCUGCUGUGGAUCGUGUAACACCUCUUCUGUAACCCUCACAGAGUUCAAAUUUGAAAUCAAUUGUGAUCGUUUAAUUAGAAUAAUUAACUUAAAUGCUGCCUACAGUAGUAAAUCAGUCAACCUCAAAUGAUCAGUCGAAUUAUAAGCUGAUCAAUUAAGACCAACAACAUUGUGAAACAAUUAAAGACAAAUUCAUGUUUCAUUUAUGUAUCCGCUCUGAUCGCCACCGGCAGAAAGAAAACACAUCAUGCAUUGUCUGGUUUUUUUUCUUGUUUUGUUUUAUUCCCUUGUACUAAAUGAAGAAACACUUCACUGAAACAUACAGAGGUGAUGAUUAAGAAAUGCAAAGAAUAAUAGCAUACAUUGCAUAAUGCAGACAAACUGCCCACAAAACCAGGGAAUGUGAAAAGUAAAAGCAAUGCUUUUUUUCCUCAAUACUUUCUUUUAAUUUAAUCACCCCGUUUUCUUUUUAAGUUAAACUGUGAUCACUUUGCUACCAUGAAUGUAAGACUUAAUCUUAAACUACAUGAGAGCACUCAGGUAUUUUAUUGUGAUUUCGGUGGUGACCUUUUUAUAUUUAUCCUGCGUUGUAGCUUCACCACUCUGAGCCACUUUAUGUUUGAUGAUGAUAAUAAAUGAAUGUUGUACAGAUGAAUCUGCCUCCGAAUAAAAUGUGCGAUGACUUGAGAGCA